CGCGUCCGCCCGCCCGACCGCCCGCCCGUGGCCUCGCGUCCGCCGCCUCGCCGGGCAGCGCUUGCUGCUCUGAGGGAAGAGCUCGCGGCCGGGCUCCGGCCAAGGACGGGGGGCGCCGGGGGGGAAGGCCCCCGUGGCGGAGUCAGCCUGACGGAGCCGGAGGCUCGGAGCCGCGGCGGCCUCGGAAUUUGGAUUGUGAGUUAUUGGAGACCUCUGUCCUCAGGAAAUCCAUAUUGUAACAUUCAGGAGAAACACAUCCCAAAGAUGUACACUGACUGAAUCAGGCCCUGGGAAUCUGAAGACCCCAGUGACGUCACAGCUACCUUUCCGCAGCCCUCUCCGUUUCCUUUCACAGGAGGCGGAGGCUUACACCUCGAGUACUGAUAUUUGCAUUUAAUGGGGAGCAAAAGAUGAAGAUGGAAAAACAGUAUAUUCACUAAGGAUUAUAUCUGCUUGCUGCUGCUGCAGACCCGAGUGUUCAGGAAUUCCACUUCUUCCUUAAAAGUUGACCAACUGUGUGACCAGACUGCAUUGGAGUUUGCCUGCCUUUUAUAUUUUGCUAGAAAAAACAACAACAACAAAACAAACAAAAAAAAAAAAACCCUGGUUGGAAUGUAACAGUGCAGUUCUAUCUAAUUGCUAUGGAAGGUGAUAAACACAUGCAUCCUUAUUGAAGUUAAUCUCAAUCACGCAGAGAAAACCAUUUUUAAAGUGAAUCGGAACCAAGCCCUUGUGAACACUUGUAUUGAACAUGACUCAUGGAGAAGAGCUUGGCUCUGAUGUGCACCAGGAUUCUAUUGUUUUAACUUACCUAGAAGGAUUACUAAUGCAUCAAGCAGCAGGGGGAUCAGGCACUGCCAUCGACAACAAGUCUGCUGGCCACAAUGAAGACGAUCAGAACUUUAACAUUUCUGGCAGUGCAUUUCCCACCUGUCAAAGCAAUGGUCCAGUUCUCAAUACACAGACUUACCAGGGAUCUGGCAUGCUGCAUCUCAAAAAGGCCAGGCUGUUGCAGUCUUCUGAGGACUGGAAUGCAGCAAAGCGGAAGCGGUUGUCUGAUUCCAUCGUAAACUUAAACGUAAAGAAGGAAGCUUUGCUGGCUGGCGUGGUUGACAAUGUGCCUAAAGGCAAACAGGAUAGCACAUUACUGGCUUCUUUGCUUCAGUCAUUCAGCUCUAGGCUGCAGACUGUUGCUCUGUCACAACAAAUUAGGCAGAGCCUCAAGGAGCAGGGAUAUGCCCUUAGUCAUGAUUCUCUAAAAGUAGAAAAGGAUUUGAGGUGCUAUGGUGUUGCAUCAAGUCACCUGAAGACUUUGUUGAAGAAAAGUAAAGCUAAAGAUCAAACACCUGAUACCAAUCUUCCUGACAUAACUAAAAACCUCAUCAGAGAUAGUUUUGUAGAGUCACCUCAUCAUGUUGGACAGAGUGCAGCAAAGGUCAUGAGUGAACCCUUGUCAUGUGCUGCAAGAUUGCAGGCUGUUGCAAGCAUGGUGGAAAAAAGGGCUAGUCCUGCCACCUCACCUAAACCUAGUGUUGCUUGUAGCCAGUUGGCAUUACUGCUUUCAAGUGAAGCUCAUUUGCAGCAGUAUUCUCGGGAACAUGCUUUAAAAACACAAAAUGCAAAUCAAGUGGCAAGUGAAAGACUUGCUGCUAUGGCCCGAUUGCAAGAAAAUGGCCAGAAGGAUGUUGGCAGCUUCCAGCUUUCAAAAGGAAUGCCAAGCCAUCUUAAUGGUCAGGCAAGAACAUCAUCAAGCAAGCUAAUGACUAGCAAAAGUAAUGCUGCAACAUUUCCAAAUCCAGUGGGCAUUGUUCCUUCUUCUCCCAAAAGUGCAGGCUAUAAGAACUCACUAGAAAGAAACAAUGUAAAACAAGCUGCUAAUAAUAGUUUGCUUUUACAUCUUCUGAAAAGCCAGACCAUACCUAAGCCUAUGAAUGGACAUUGUCUUAAUGAGAAAGGAAGCAUUUUUGAGAAUAGUAGUACCCCUACAACUAUUGAUGACUAUUCAGACAAUAAUCCUAGUUUUACAGAUGAUAGUAGUGGUGAUGAAAGUUCUUACUCCAACUGUGUUCCCAUAGACUUGUCUUGCAAACACCGAAUCGAAAAAGAAUCUGACCAACCAGUUUCUCUAGAUAACUUAACUCAGUCGUUGCUUAACACCUGGGAUCCAAAAGUCCCAGAUGUAGAUAUCAAAGAAGAUCAAGAUACCUCAAAGAAUUCAAAGCUAAAUUCACACCAGAAAGUAACACUUCUCCAAUUGCUACUUGGCCAUAAGAAUGAUGAAAAUACAGAAAAAAACACCAGCUCUCAGGGAGUACACAAUGAUGUGACAAAGUUCAGUACCCAAAAUUAUGCAAGGACUUCCGUAAUCGAAAGCCCCAGCACAAACAGGACUACUCCGUUGAGCACUCCGCCAUUACUAGCAUCCACCCAAGCAGAGUCUCCCAUCAAUCUUUCUCAGCACUCUCUGGUCAUCAAGUGGAAUUCCACACCCUACUCCCGCAAUACUCAGUCUGAAAAGCUAGCAAGUACUGCAUCUAACCACCUGAUGGACCUCACAAAAAGCAAAGAAUCUCAAGGAGAUAAACCAGCCCAAAACGAAGGUGUGCAAAACUCUGCUACUUUCAGUGCCAGUAAGCUGUUACAAAAUCUAGCGCAGUGUGGAAUGCAGUCUUCCAUGUCACUCGAAGAGCAGCGACCCAGCAAACAGCUGCUAAGUGUAAAUCCAGAUAAACCUAUAGGUAUGAUUGAGAGAUUAAAUAGCCCUCUGCUUUCAAAUAAAGCAAAUGCAGCUGAAGAAAAUAAGGCAUUCACUAGUCAGUUGACAGCUCCUGAACCAGGACUUUCUGGUUCUGAAAUAGAAAAUCUGCUUGAAAGACGCACUGUUCUCCAGCUGCUCCUGGGGAAUACCAACAAAAGCAAGAGUGAAAAGAAGGAAAAGACUCCUGCAAGAGACGAAAGUACUCAGGAACAUACAGAUAAAGCUUUAAGCGAACAGAUACUGAUGGUGAAAAUAAAAUCUGAGCCAUGCGAUGACUUACAUAUUCAUAAUACAAAUGUGCACUUGAACCAUGAUGCUAAGAAUGGCCCGAUGUUAGGUGUGGCUCCUGCCGUGCAGAGAGGAGCAGCCGCCUUAUCAGAAUGCGAGGACUUUAAAUCGGAGCUUAGUUCACCUCAGGACUUUUCUUUUUCAAAGAAUGGUCUGUUAAGUCGAUUGCUGAGACAAAACCAAGAAAGUUACCUGGCAGAUGACCCAGACAAGAGUUACAGAAACAGUGAACUGACGCUUCUGGAGUCCAAGAAUCUUUGCAUGGUCCCUAAGAAAAGGAAGCUCUAUGCUGAGCCAUCAGAAAAUCCCUUUAAAAAGGUGAAAAAUAAUGUCCUUGAUGCUGCAAACAGUCACAGUACUCCAGAAUUACUAUAUGGAUCCUUGAUGAACCAGGAAGAGCUGAAAUUUAACAGAAAUGACCUCGAGUUUAAAUAUCCUGCAGGUCACGCUUCAGCCAGUGAAAAUGAACACAGGAGUUGGGCCAGGGAGAGCAAAAGUUUCAAUGUGUUGAAACAACUGCUUCUCUCAGAAAACUGUGUGCGAGAUUUGUCCCCCCACAGGAGUAACUCUGUUUUUGAGAGUAAAAGGAAAGGACACAAAACUAGUAUGAUGAAUAGCAAACCUGAUUUCAGCAUUUCUUCAUUAAAUGGAUUGAUGUACGGUUCCACUCAACCCAGUAGUUGCAUCAAUAACAGGACAUUUUCAUACCCAGGAGUGGUAAAAACUCCUGUGAGUCCAUCUUACCCUGAGCACACGAGCUGUGCAGGGUCUAGGCCAGAUCCUGGCCUUCUGAGUGGGUGUUCUGUGCCCAGUGAGAAGGGACCCAUUAAAUGGGUUAUCACAGAUGUGGAUAAGAAUGAGUAUGAAAAAGACUGUCCAAGACUGACCAAAACUAACCCCAUCUUGUAUUACAUGCUCCAGAAAGGAGGCAGUUCUGUUACCAGCCGAGAGCCACAGGAAAAGGACCUGUGGAGGGAACCUGCCUCUGCUGAAAGUGUCUCACAGGUCACAGUCAAGGAAGAGUUACUGCCUGCUGCAGAAAGUAAAGCUGCUUUCGUCAAUUCAAGAAGCCCGUACAAUAGCCAUAUGGGAAAUACUGCUUCUCGCCCACACAGUGCAAAUGGAGACGUUUAUGGACUGCUGGGAAACGUGCUAACAAUAAAAAAAGAGUCAGAAUGAAAUGUACCUUUCAAGCUUUGUAUCACUUUAAAACUAAUUAGUAUGAACUUGAGAUCUGUAUAAAUAAGAGCAUGAUUUGAGAAAAGCAUGGUAUAAUCGAAACUUUUUUUUUUCUAUUUUGAGAAGUAUUGGUUACUGGUGAUGUUUAUGCAUACUAAUUUUUGCUUAACAUUAGAUGUUAUGAGGAAACUACUGAACUAGCAAUUGGUUAACACUUCUGUAUGCAUCAGAUAACAACUGUGAGUAGCCUACGAAUGAAAUUAUUUUGUAAUCAUAAAUAAGAGGCAUAAAUUAAAAUGUAAAACUCCAUCCAUAGUGGAUUACAGCAUUUUCUGCCUUUAUUAGGAUAUUUCAUUUUGCUCUUCAGAAGUCGGCUUACACAUUUUUUAAAAGCCCAAACCCUGAAGUAACCUUUUAGGGAAUAAUAUCAAAUUAAACACCUAGUGCUGAUUCACUUCUCAUGAUCAAAUUCAAAAAUAAAGGAGACAAAACAUAGACUUACAUUUUUCACUUUUUGCUACAAUACAUAUUUAUUUUUAACUCUUGGAAGGGGUUUUGUGAUUCCCAAUGUGUCUGCCCUUUUCAAUACAUGUUUCUUUAAACCUUAUAGUACUUAGUAAAAAUUGAUUACAUUUGAGGGAAGUUUGAUAGAUCCUUAUUAAAAAGACAGAUUUCCAUUUUUGUAUUUUAACUACUUUAUUAAAUUAAUACACCUCCUUUUACAGAAUUAGGGAAGCUAACAUUUACCUUCAGGUGGUUUCCUGAAUUGUUGGAAACUUAAGAAAUUGUUUAUAACAAAUAAAAUGGCUUUUCUUUGGACAACUUUCACCAUCUCUUGUAAAAGUUAAUCCUCACCAUUCCGUGGUCCCUGGGAGUCCCAGGGCCAGGAUUUCUGAAAGCUGGACUUAGACACCUGAAAAAAAAAACCCUCUGGAGCACUUGUGCUAAAAUGCAGAAUUGUAGGCAAAUCAAGUCAGAUCUGCAUGGCAAGGGUCUCUGAUUGCUCAGUGGAUCUGGGACUCUUCCAUCUGCACCUGAACUCGCUCCCUUGGCGUUUCUUCUGCACACUGACGUUUGAGGACCAUUACUUAUGACUUCUCAGUAUAUGGACUGUAAAAAGAAAAAAAAAACUAUGAUGCCUAUAUUCCCCACUGCAAUCUCACGUCAACUCAAAAUUUGCAGUACUGUCAUUCCUGUAUUACUGUUAUGUCUUUGGAAAUCGGGUUCAAAAUACUUUUUAUGACAAAAAAAAAAUUGGGUAGAGGGGACAACUUUCUUAUCUGGCUCAACAUCUCAGGAAAAUCUGAUUAUUCAUGUAUUUUAAUGAGUAACAUCUACUUAAUUAGCCUUAGGGAUGGAAUAACAGGGCCACUUACCAAACUCAGGUGAUUCCAGGAUGAUUUGGAAACUUCUGACUACAUCCUUAACUUCUAUUAAGACCAUUGUCCUAAGAACAAUGCUGACAAAGGUUAAAACAUUUAGUUCAAACCCAAGAAAGGCACUAAUCUCAGAUCUAAGCAAACUUGUACAGAGGUCACAUGUAUCAGACAGAAUUGUAUAACAGCCACUCCAUUGUGAUGAGAAUUUUAAAAGCUUAAUUCUGAGCCACUUGUGUUUUGAUUUUGAGAUAAGUCUUUUUAAGUUCAGCUUUUACAGUGCACACUUCAUUCACUAGUUUUGGCUUUUAAUGGUAAAAACAGGUUAGUAACAAAUUAUCAACCAUUAAUUAUCAAAUUAAUUUGAAGUUCUACUUGAAGCUGUUUCUAAGAAUUUUGUAUUAAAAUGGGUGUUAUUUCCUAAUGAUCUAAAAUUUGAAAAUGAUUAUUUUUUCUCAGGAUGGUUUGUACAAAGUUACUGGAUAUAUUGUAUAAUAAUAGUCAAGACUGAAUUUUACUGAAAGCAUACGCUUAUUCUGACAUGAGAAUUCCACUGGCCAGUGAAUAUAUUCUACCCCAUGUUUAUACUGUGAUAAUCUUAUUGUCUACACUGUAUAAGUAAGCUUUUAAAUCUUUUUUGUUUUUUUUUUCAUCAUUGUGGAAGGUAUAGAACCUUCCAGGUAUGUCAGGAAAAAAAAAUACAGCUAUUCUCCCUAGGUUAGGAGAACCUGGGCUUUUGACAAGUGAAUGAAAUGUGGGUCAAAGAGAAGAGUAUCAAGGCCAGCAUUGCUGUUUUUGUUUAUUUGGUUGAUUUUUUUUUUAGUAACAGGAAAAGGAUUGAGAAUAUCUAAUGCAUAAAUAAAUGUGACCACAAAGAAUGCGGUUCUGAUUUAUUAGACAGUGUCCCCAAUUUGACUUUUUUUUUUUUUAGGAGAGCAGUGAGAAAGGGCAUACAUCCACGAAUUCACUGUGUUUAUGCACAUAUAUUUACAAGGAUGCACAUAUGCUACACAUUUUCCAAGACUAUUUUAGAUAUCUAGAUAAUUUCUUCCUAAUUAAGUCAUUUGUGAAAGGGUACUACAGCUCUCAUUGACAUCAGUAAGGUAGCAUUACCUGUUUAUUCAGUGCUGCAUCUUACAGAAGAGUAAACUGGUGAGAGUAUAUAUUUUAUAUAUAUAUAUAUAAAUUGUAUAUAUAUAUAUUGACUUGUUACAUGAAGAUGUUAAAAUCAGUUUUUAAAGGUGAUGUAAAUAGUGAUUUCCUUAAUGAAAAAUACAUAUUUUGUAUUGUUCUAAUGCAACGAGAAAAGCCUUUUAAUCUCCUUGGUUCCUGUAUAUUCCAUGUAUAAGUGUAAAUAGAAUCAGACAGGUUAAAAAAUUGUGCAUGUAUGUAUACAGUUGCAAGUCUGGACAAAAUGUAUAGAAUAAACAUUUUAUUUAAGUUGUGAUUAUCUGCUGCAUGAAAAGUGCAUGGGGGACCCUGUGCAUCUGUGCAUUUGGCAAAAUGUCUUAACAAGUCAGAUCAGAUGUUCAUCCCAGUGUGACAGUAUUCCAUUUCUGGAUGUGACUUCUGUGGUUUAAACUUUGUGAAAGGAUGUGCUUUGAAUCCAAUGGUCUUACUUUUUUUUU